CUCCCAACGCUCAGUAUCGUAUUCACUUAGUCAGAGAAGAGCUAUCGCGCAUUCAGUGUAGUGCCGUAGCCAUCUCUACGAUCCCCUUACUUACAUUAUCUCUUAUCAUCGACAUAUCACGAUCACUGACCAAUCAGAUACCAACAGGGUUAGCUAACGUGUCCAACACUGCGCUGAGAAGCAGAUCAAGAAGACACUACUGGACCCAGCAUACUCUGCUUAUUAUUUUUAACAAGACAACUACAACCACAGUGCCAUCAUGGUUCGCCUUGUUUUGGCAGUGCUUUUGGUCUUAGGGUACGUGGCUGCCGAAGAAGACUUCAAUUGCCAGCCUUCUGGAAGCUUCCCAAAGACAGUAUGCUACACCUCCAAGUGUGCAGUUGCUGUUAAGGGCCAAAUACAACAUGAACUGAAUGCAGCCUUUGGGUACAUGUAUAUGGGGGCAUACUUUGCGCAGUACGCUGUGGAUAGACCGGGUAUUGCCAAAUUUUUGCUGGAGUCUGCAACAGAGGAGCGAAGUCAUGCCAUUCAAAUGUUGGACUACCUCAACACUCGUGGUAUCAAGCUGAACAUUCCUAAUUACACAUUUAAUAAUAAUCAGCUCAAUACUUCAUUUGUGGGAAAGACUCGACCUUACAAAGCAGCCUUAGAGCAAGCCCUUAAUAUGGAAAUUGAGGUGACUAACUUGAUAUACAAUGUGGUGAAAGAGUGUGGUGAAGACUACCAUGGAGCCGAUGUAUUCACAAAUCCCAUCCUAGAUGAGCAGCACAAUGGUGUUCGCAAACUUCAGGGAGCUGUAAAAACCUAUGCUGACCUGCAUUUGAAUCAGGAGAAUGAUGAGGCUGCUGCUGCUUUGGCAGAAUAUAUCUUUGACCUCAAGAUGUUGAAUGGACAGUUUUAGUUAACAUGAACUAAAAAUGAAUUCUCAUGUUCAUAUAGAUCAGCAUGUGUUGAAGUCAUGGCAGAAAUUUUGCAAAUUGCCACCAUAAGAGUAUUUUGUUUUUUAAACCUCACCCAUACUGUACUGUAAACAAAUUAACAACAAUAAGGAUAUUGAAGUAAUUGAUAAAACUAAUCUUAUAUAGAAGAACCUUCAAGUCAUAAGCAAUAGACUAUGACCUUAAUAUCUCCUAAUGCAACUGUAGUAUUGUACUGCAUAAUUAAGAUUUUAUGGACAAGACAACUUUUAAUAGUAUACUGUAUACCAAGAUUUUAUGCUGUUCAAGUUCAUGUUACUAUCCACAUUUUACACUAUUUUAAUUUUGAAUUUAGAGAGCAAUUUAAAUACUUGUGUGUAUAACUUUAGGUUAAUUAUAUAUUAGAUGAGAUUCCAGUUUAGAUAAUAUGUCGGAAAUCACAGGUUUCUUCAUGGUACUCAUGCUUCCCCUUUAUUCACACUGGACAGUAAAGGUCAUAACAUAGAACAGACCAAUAUGCUCGUGGGGCUAUUAAUUUGAUAAGGGAUGGAAAGGAUAAAUUUGAAUCUAGUUUGUUACUAUUCUCUGUAGUUACAACAUUAUUAUGUUAAUUAGAUUAUUAAUUAAAUUUACUGUUAUUCAUAUAAUAGUUUACCAUGGUGCAUAAUAAAGACUAACAGUUUGAAUAGCUUUAGUGAAAACGAAAGUACUGUAUACAAGUACAGUAAAUAAUUCAAGUGACCCACCAUAUAUUAAUUUAUGAUGAAAAAAAAAUAUAUAGUUGAAGUAUCA